AACGUUAAAGUGUCAUCACUAUAACAUUUUCUUAUAUUGACGUCUACAAUUCACGGCAGAGAGAAAGAACACUGCACAAAUUCAAGGGAAAAAAAAACCAAAAUAAACAUAAAAUCUUCCGAAAAUGAUUGAAAUUCCAAUCCAAUUUUUGUUUACAAUAAUCUAGCCAAUUGAACAAUGUUGCAAUUCUUCAAGAAAGGUCGCAAACGUGACGACAAAUCGGAAUCGAACGAUAGCUGUGCUGGAAAUGAGGAUGAAAUAUUAUUGGAAGCUGAACAAUUUUAUGCAGACAGUGUAGAUUAUGAUUCCGAUAGUCCGAAUUCCAAUUUUUCCAAAACAAUUCUGCAAAUCAUAACGGACAAAAAUUGCCUCAGUUAUUUCGUUCAGUUUAUGGACUCAAAGAAAUCACUUCCGCCAGUUAAAUUUUGGCUAGAAGCUGAGAGUUUUAAAACGGCUGCCGAAGUUGACAUAUGCAACGACCAUACAACCGAACAAACCACUGAUGAUGUUGUCGACUCGUCAGCCGAACAGAAUUCCACUUCAAACAUAUCAACCGACGUUCCCAAUACAGUGCCAAAAUUGUCCGAAUCCCGAGACGAUAAACUAUUUAUUAAGAAGGAAGCAACUGUUGAUCUGAAGCAAUCGCAAUCCAUGACCGAAAUGAAUGAGAGCGACCUAACGAAACAUUUGCCGCUGACCGAUGACGAGAAGUCACAGCUGUACGAACAAAACAUUGUCAAACAGAAUCUCAAAAAUAAGCAAGAAUCUCUACACAUUCAAGAAGUGGAACGUAGUCGCCAGAUGGCGUUAAAGAAUCAGGAAAAACAGAAGCGAAUCAAUUUUCAAUCGUCGAUUGCAUCGGAUGCCAUUCGAAUUUUUAAAAAUUAUUUAACCACAAAAUCGCCCCAUUACAUUGAAGUGCCGGCUACAGUUGUCAACGAAAUUUCAUUGGCACUUUGUUCUCCCAGCAUAAACGACGAUUCGUAUCGGCCGAUUGCUGGGUUAUUUUCGGACGCUCAACUAUACGUACUGGAUAAUAUUGAAAAGGAGUACCUGAAUCAAUUCAUCGACAGCAGUUUCUACUGUAAAUACUGUGUUGACAUCUUAACCAGUGAACAUUUGAAAAUUCAAGACAUCCUCUGCUGCGAAGCGGCUCUAUUUUAUUUUAUGGAAUUCCUGGAACAGGAACACCAUCGAGAGUAUCUGGAUUUUUGGAUAGCAGCUACCAAUUUUAAGAAACAAUUCGAAAACAUUGCUACUUACGACAAACAACAAGCACAAACCGAUGCACUGGUGCUGUACGAAAAGUAUUUCUCGCUUCAAGCGACAAACUCUCUGCGGGUGUCUGACUCUGUUCGCUUCAAAAUUGAAGAACGAAUUUGCACGGAAUCUGAUCCGAUAAUGCACUGCUUCGAUUUGCCAUUGCUGAUAAUUGAGCGUUACUUGGAGCGGAAAUACUUCAAACAAUUCGUUACAUCGCAGUUGUUCUACAAACAUUUAUCGGAGCUGCUACAGAAAAUCGAUGGGGUGAGUGUGAAGAAAGAGCAGGACUUGUCUGCCAAAAAGUCUCGUCACCGUAAGACCUAUUCGGAUUGCAGCAGCGAUAAAGCGGAACUGUUUCGUCACAACACUAUAUCGUCACAAAAUACGUUAUUAGCCGAUGGUACGAAGAAAAAGAUGCACGCAGCACAAGCGGGUGGUAAUAUGCAAAUCGAUUCACGCCAAUUAAACAAUCCGGAUAUGUUGUGGCGACGGAAUUCAAUAUCCGGUUUGAAUUUCGGUCGAAUCGAUUCGUUCGGUCGAUACGAACGAGAUUUUGAUAUGGAACCGGGUCACGAAAAGGUGCUAACGAAGGGGAACAAGUUCCGUCAGGUUGUGAGAAAGUUGGUGAAUUUGCCGGAGGAAAAGGUGCAAGAGGAAAUUGCAUGGCAAGUGGCCGAAAUGAUUGUUAAAGAUAUCACAAAUAUUACGUUGAAUGGAUCGAACGGGUCGAAUGAACUGAAGGAUUUGCCGUCUUUAUGACUUGUGAUCGAUAGAGAAAUGAUAAUUAUUGAACGUUACGCUAUCUUCAGAUUGAUUUAUUUAAAGAAAAAUUAUUUAAAAUGCUCGGCACAAAUAUUUGCUCUAUUUUCGUUUUUUUUUGAGAAAUUUUUAUUUUAUUUUUUUUUCGUUUAGAAUUAAUACUUGAACCUAAAUACCUAACUGAUGAACCGAGAGAAUCUCUGAAUAAAUUAUAUUAAUUAUACAAA